CCAAAACUUCCUCGAUCUAAUAAUGCUCCCUUCUUUUCAGAUUUCUUAUUAAUUUCUCUCCUAUUAAUCAUCGUCAUUAUAACCUCUAAUAUAAGUAAGUGGUACUCUAGUACCAAGCCGAACCAAGCAAAAGCCGAUAACAGCCAUUUUUCCUAUAUAACUAGUAGAAGUUUAAUUCUCAAAAAGAGAAUCAAUAAUGGAUCGCAUAGCAAAAUUGGCAUCACAAAAGGCAGUGGUUAUAUUCAGCAAGAGUUCGUGUGGGAUGAGCCAUGCGAUAAAGAGGUUGUUCUACGAGCAAGGGGUUGGACCGGCAAUUUGCGAGCUAGACGAGGAUUCAAGGGGUAAGGAAAUGGAGUGGGCUCUGGUGAGGCUAGGGUGCAACCCUUCAGUCCCGGCAGUGUUUAUCGGAGGCAAGUUUGUGGGUUCAGCCAACACCGUCAUGACCCUUCACCUCAAUGGCUCACUCAAGAGAAUGCUCAGAGAUGCCGGUGCUCUAUGGCUCUAGAAAACUAAGACUAGUGCAAUACAAUUCAAAGUUGCAAACAUUCAAACACGGCCUUAUCAGAAGAUAAUUUAGUUGCACUAUAUCAUCAUAACCGA